AUGAUUUUAAUUCCCAUAAAUAAAUAUAUAAGAGCAGUUGAUAAUCAUUUAAAUAAACCAUUUAAGAAAAGAAAAUUAAAUCAAGCUUAUUAUUAUUAUGAUAAUAAUGAAAUACCUUUUAAAAAAAGAAAAAUAAUUAAAAAACCAUUUUACAGUUAUGAUAGAAUGAUGGUUAAAUUACAAAAAAGACAUGUUUAUUAUUCAAAAAUAACAAAUAACCAAUUUAUUGAAUUAAGAAACAACCACAACCCUUCUUUAAUUACACCUGAAUAUUUUCAAGAUCUGACACGUUUAAUACUCGAUAAUUAUAGGUGGGAAAGAUUAUUAAAAUUAGACAAAUCAAAAAAUAACCUUUUGAUAUUUCAAGAUAUAAAAAAUUAUUUAAUAGGAAAUGACAAAAAAAGUAUAUUUUUAAAAAUUAAUACUGAUUUCAGUAAAAUAUAUAAAGAACAAUUAAAUUUCUCUGAUCUUUAUUUAAUUGAGAUAUUACAUAUUAUAGUUAAGUUGGAGUUACCACAUUAUCCACCUUUUCCUAUUUUUGAAAGUUCAAAAUUAGUAGUGUUUAUAAAUGAAUGUAUACAUAUAUUUAAUUGUUAUAAUUAUUUAAACGACUUUUUAAAUGAAGUUAAGAGGAUGUUAUUUAUAUUAAACAAUUCUUUGUCUUGGAAUAUGAGCAAUGAGUCAAAAAUUAGUUUCCUUAAAAAGUUAAACGUUGAUAUUUUUAGAAUAUUCGUUUGUUUUUGUAAAUUCCUUCCAAAUGAGUAUUGUUUAAAUUUAGAGAGAGAUAUGUUGGAAGUGUUGAUAUGUAAAAUUAAACCCACGCAUCUUAUUUCUAGUCAUGAAUUUAUAGAUUAUUAUGAUAAAACUAUUUUGAUAUUCCAUGAAAUGCUAGAAUUUAAAAUAGAAACAUUUGUUAAUAGUAAACAGAUGUGUUUAAUUAAUGAAAUAAAAGGAAUGUAUAAAUUACUUGCACUGAUUAUAGAGAUGGAGUUUUAUUCUGAUAAAAUUAAAGAAUUUGAAAAUAAUUCCUUAUUGAUUCCAGUAAAGAAUAUUUUUAUAACUUUUUUUGGUUCCCUAAUAAAUGAUCGAAUAAAAUCACUUUAA